ACAAGAGUAGAAACAGUGAGUGAAUUUCUGAAGCAGCUGGGCCUAAACUCCUACAGUCUGAAGACUGUUAGCAGCUGGGCCUGGGAGAGGCCUGUGUUUUCUGGGGGGGAAAAGGGUACAAUACAAAGCAAAAGGGCUGUUUCAGUACGGUGGGCUUUACUGUCAAACCAACGGAAGGGUAGCCAGCCCAGUCAGUGAAGAAAGGAUCUUCUAGAACAAGCCCUUCAGCCCAUUCAAGCCAGGGGCAAAUUCGGGUUUCCCUCCUCCUCCAGCCUGGAGUCGGACUCCGAGUCGGACUCCCGCUCGCAACCGCCCUACACUUCCGUGUCUCGUACGCCGCCUCGUGUUCGAGUCGAAGUCGAGUCGGACUCCGACUCGAACAGGGGAUUCGCAACGAAGAAAGGAAACGCGUGAAUCAAUGGCCGUAUAAAGCGGGCGGUGCCCCGUGCCGGAUGCCACAACAGGUUCCCCGAUUCCAUCUCCAAUUCGGACUCUCCUCCCCCUCCCCCCUUCCACCUCCUGGGCCUCCCCGUCUCCCCCAGCCCGCCGCCGCCGCCACCGCCAUGGUCCGCUCCCCGUCGGCGGCCAGCAAGCCGCCGUGCGCGGCCUUCCAAUCCCACCCCACCGAUCUGGAGCUCGUCAACUCGUACCUCCGCCCCUGGGUCGAGACCGGCCUCAAGGCCGGCCCGUUCAUCCACGAGGCCGACGUCUACGCCGCCGACCCCGCCGACCUCACCCGGCGGUUCGCGCCGGCGGUGGCGCAGGACGGCGAGCGCGCCUGGUACUUCUUCACGCCGCUCCGCCACAAGAGCGUGCGCGGGAAGCGGAAGGCGCGCACCGUGGCCAGCGGGGGCGGGUGCUGGCACAACGAGGCCAAAUCCAAGCCCGUCUUCACGGGCAUCAACGGGAAGCGCCAGAUUGGGCACCGCCAGAGCUUCUCCUUCGUCAAGAAGGACGGCGGCUCGCGGCUCCGAACGGGGUGGCUCAUGAUGGAGCUCCGCCUCCUCAAGGACGGCGCCGCCGGAAAGGAAGCGCAGGCGGAGGGCGCCCUGGGGAAUCUCGUCCUGUGCAAGGUGUACCGCAGCCCGCGCAACCCCGAGCCCAGCGACCCCGCCCCCGACCCCGCCCUCAAGGAGGAGGCCACCGCCGCCGACGACGACGACGAAUCGAGCGGCGCAACGGCAGAAGACGACGACGACAGCUCCGACGCGCCGGAAGCCACGGCGGCGGCGUCUGGACCCACGAAGAAAUCCGACGAGGAGGAAUCCAGCGAGGCCACGGUGGCGGCGCCGAGUCGCCAUAGCAAGGCGGACGACGAGAUCUCCGGCGCGGGCGCUGCCGCGGCGGCGCCCGGGCGCAAGGAGAAGGCGGCGGGCGACGAGGACUCCGCCGAGACGUCGGCGGCGGCGCCGCCCGCGCGCAAGAGGAAGGCCCCGGACGACGAGAGCUCCGGCGCGGCGGCGGCGCCCGCGCCCGCGCCUAAGAGAAGCAGCGGCUCCCCCGGCGCUCCGGCUCCUCCGUCGACCGAGUUGCAGUGCCCUCACUGCGGCACCCACCUGGUUGUCACACUGAAGAGGCCGGAGACCAAAUCGGAGACGGAGAUCGCGAAGGACGAGCCGGCCCCCGGCGCGUCCGACGCGCCCCCGACGCGAGGCGAUGCGCGUGGCUCAUCAGAAAAGAAUCUCCAGUUCCAUCACUUCCUGUGAAAUCCAGGUGGUCCCCCAGACACUCCUGGGCCGCGACCGCGAGCAAUCCCCCGUCGCCUCUGGAAACGUAGAGCCGUGGAUGAGCGCUGCUGAAGAGUAAUCGUGAAUCGUGAUAGCAGAGUGCAGAAGAGCCCAUUUCUCAUGGACGCGACGCAUCUACGAGGUUCAGGGUGAAUAAUUAGGAUAGGUUCGUGGGAGUAGCACUAGUUGUGAUAGGAUGGGUUAAGUUAAUGGUGUGUUAAUUUAUUUGUUUACAGCGCUGUGGAAGGGAACGCUGGAAGCAGAGUGUGGUACUGCUAUACCUGUCCGGACUUUCAGAGUGCAAAAAUGAUGUAGCAGCAGACUAAUAUAAUGUGCAGCAGAUGUUCAGAUCAA